UGUCCUGCACUUCCUUUAGUUUUUCACUGAAAAGGGAAAUAAAAACCCCACCCUCUCACAGAUCAUUAGAAGUCCAGGGAAAAAUAAUUGUGAUGCUGAUGGAGGAAAAUCAUGGCUGUAUGGUUGUAAAAUUAAUUCCCUCACAAUCGUUUGAUGCUCGAUAAAAAGGCAAAUUAUUCACAUGUGGCAAAGAAGGCUGACGACACUGAAGGCAAGCCGGACCAACGUGUCAUUUUUUAUGUUGUUCUCCUGCAGAUCCCAGUGAGAGCGAGUACAGCAUGAGGCUGGUGUGGAAAUCCCUGGACAAGAUGAGGUGUCUGAGGAAACGCUCCACCAUUCCCUUCCUCGGCUUCCUCAUCACCUUCCUCCUCUUCCUGAACCUCUACAUUGAAGACGGCUACGUGCUGGAAGGGGAUAAGAGACAGCUCAGGGAAACAUCAGUCCACCCUCCGAGCUCAGAGCGAUACGUUCACACCUUCAGAGACCUGAGUAAUUUCUCUGGAACUAUUAAUGUCACGUAUCGUUAUCUCGCUGGAACCCCGCUGAGCCGCAAGAAGUAUCUCACCAUCGGACUGUCUUCAGUCAAAAGAAAAAGAGGAAACUAUCUUCUAGAGACGAUCAAAUCCAUCUUUGAUCAGUCCAGUUACGAGGAACUCAAAGAGAUUGUGGUUGUGGUCCACCUGGCAGACUUUGACCUGGUCUGGUGUGAAAAUCUGGUGCAGGAAAUCAGCAGGAAGUUUGCUCACCACAUCAUAGCCGGACGCCUCCUGGUGAUCCAGGCCCCAGAAGAGUACUAUCCAUCCUUGGAGGGCUUGAAAAGGAACUAUAACGACCCAGAGGACCGGGUCCGUUUCCGCUCCAAGCAGAACGUGGACUACGCUUUCCUCCUCAACUUCUGCACAAAUCUUUCUCACUUCUACAUGAUGCUAGAGGACGAUGUGCGCUGCUCCAGAAACUUCCUGACGGCGCUGAAGAAGGUGAUCACCUCCAGGGAAGGUUCCUACUGGGUGAUGCUGGAGUUCUCCAAGCUGGGCUACAUCGGGAAGCUGUACCACUCCAAAGACCUCCCACGUCUGGCUCAUUUCCUCCUCAUGUUCUACCAGGAGAUGCCCUGCGACUGGCUCCUCAUCCACUUCAGGGGUCUGCUGGCACAGAAGGACGUGAUCCGCUUCAAGCCCUCGCUGUUCCAGCACAUGGGCUACUACUCUUCUUACAAAGGAGCGGAGAAUAAGCUGAAGGACGACGACUUCGAGGAGGACUCCAUAGACAUCCCCGACAACCCUCCAGCCAGCCUUUACACAAACAUCAACGUCUUUGAAAACUAUGACGCCACCAAGGCUUACAGCUCUGUGGACGAGUACUUUUGGGGAAAGCCUCCUUCCACAGGAGACUUCUUUGUCAUAGUCUUCAAUAAAUCUACCAAAAUUAAUAAAAUUAAGAUUUCUACCGGUUCUGAUGAUCGUCAGAAUGACAUUCUUCACCACGGAGCUCUGGAAGUAGGGGAGAAACUAGUUGGGACUAAAAAAGGGAAACAGUGUUCCUCUUAUAUCACGUUAGGGGAGUUUAAAAAUGGCAACAUUGAGGUUCAAGAUGUAGACCACAAAAUUGCCUUCGACAUUGAGUGUGUGCGCAUCGUGGUGACAGCCAGUCAGAAGGAAUGGCUCAUUAUUAGAAGUAUUAGUUUAUGGACUACACAACCCCCCAGCCAAUGAGGACUACACAUAACAGACUCUUAGUAUGUCAAUGAGGCAAAGGUUUUUAUUAUUAUUAUUGUUAUUAUUAUUUACUUAUCUAUGUAUUUCCAGAUUUAUUUAUUCAUUUUUUAAUGUAUUUAUUAAUACUCAGUUUGACUGCAAAAUCACUCUGUAGUUUUUUAUACCUGCAAGUUGUAACGUCAGUGGAGCAUCUUUCCAGUCAUCCUUAUGGACUGUUCAACUGACCUCAGAGUAUUCAUGAACAUAUUUCUAUAUUAUUAUCCAUAUUUUUUCUUUAAAAUUCCAUAGAUUUUUAUUCAUUUCAGCUUUUGAUUGCAGUCUUUAAUGUAGGGCUGGGCGAUAAUUCAAUAUGUUUUACCAACAUGUGAUAAAGUCAUAUGGUAUUACAAUGGUAGUAUAAUUUAAGUUGUUUUAUUCUAAAACGAUGAGGCUAUAAUGCUCGGUAUUUCUAGUUUUAUGUCAGCAAAUCUUAAGAAAAUUCAAAGCCAACAGUGAAUUGAUCCUGUAACAAGCAUGUUCACGUAAUCACGUCACGUAAUAUGUUAUUCCUCUCCAACUCUGUUGUUGUGCAAAACCUAAUGAAGUCAGUGAGCCACACCAUUUCAUAUUACUUCAUUACAGUUAACUUGGGCACUUUGGUUGCUUUUGCAUCAGUCCCUCACACGUUGUCCAGCUAAUGUAAAAUGAAAUUAUGAAGCCUUUCUGUAAAAUCUCACUAAACAUUUAUGGCCUGUUUUAGGAGGACCAGGACAGGGUGUACAAAUCAGGAAGUACAAAGACACGGAGUCACAUAUUUUUGGUUUUGGCCUUUUCAUGGGACUCAACACAUUUCUGAGGUUAUGAAGCGUAACAGUGGCAAAAAAUUUUACUGUAUUGAGCAUCUGUUUUAUCAUUUUAAUUUUGCAUACAUCUGCCGAAUCGUGAUACAUGAAUAUCAGCAUCCGAAUAGUUUAGUGUUCAACACAGACAUUUCAGCCACAUCGCCCAGCCCUACUGUGACGGCAUGUUUGAAGGCUCUUUAAGAGAAGGUGCUUCAAGUGUAGAAAGACGGCGCAGCUAACUUAGAGUAAACUUCUGAUUUAUUAUACUUUUGUUCAUUUUACAGUUGAUUACUGUUGCUUUCCUAAAUAUUAUGGAUGACUUUUUAUUUAGAAAUGAAGGGAAAGAAUAGCUUUUGUGAUGUGAAACUAAAUAUUUGUUGGAAAUGAAAAUACCAUCAAAGUAAAUAACAAUUUCUCAUCCCUGCAUGAGUGUAGCCCUGGGAUCCUCUGAGAAAUUUCCCAUUUGGCCUUUAAUUAUUUUCCUCCUUGAAAAACCCACCAGGAAAGUAUCAGAGGUCAUUGUUGCCUUGAAUAUUCAUCGUGUCACAAUUCACUUUUGAUAGUUUUGAAUAUUCUUUCCCAGUUUAAUCAUCUUCUUCAUUGUGUUCGAGGCGGGUGUGUGAGUGGGCUGAGCUCUUUCACUGGCGCUCUAUGUUCCAUCAGGGCUACUGACAGGAAAACAAUGUUUGUUUUCACCCAUCUUCUCCAAGAGCUGAGAUUAGAUUGCACAGUGAAGAAUGGGCCAGGUCCGCUCUUAGGUCUCUUUUUUUUUUCCCACCACAGCACAAUUUUCCCCCAGUAAAUUGGUCUGUGUUUGCCUCACUCUCUACACCAGCAAAACAACAUCUCCCCUGAAGCUAUAGGAUCUCAAUUCGUUCUUUCCCCAAUGCUGCGCUCUCACAACUCCAGUGUUUCUGCUCCUACAUGGUUGCCUCUCUGUGAUCUUUGCUCUCAGUUCAUGCACUGUUCUGCUGUUUUGCGGGGGGAUCUUGCAUGGCUUCGCUUUGAAGAUUCUUUCAAAUUUUUCCCACCAUGCUUUAUGUUGUUUAGCAGCUAACGUUUGCAAGAAUUAAAGCUGCACGUAUUAACUCAUCAUCAUCAUCAUCGUGAUUCUCAAAGCAAUUCAAAGCCGUGCUUUGAAAAUAACCUUGUCAUUUUUCAUGUUCAUGUACUUAUGAUCAGUCGGUGAGCAGUGUUCAGUGAUGGAUUCGUUUCUACACUGAAAUGGCCUCAAGAAAUCACUCAACAAUGCAAUAAAGAGGUAAAUGUUUACAUAAUGCUGACAUUCUUUGGGAACAUGAGUUUGGAGCAGAUCGUCAUUAAGCAUGCUGCGACAGUUUUGUGAAGCUUUGUUGCACUGUUGCAAUAGCCACCUGUUCCAUGUUUUCCCUCAAGGUCUUGUUCAGUGUCACAGAUCGAGACCUUUCACAGAUUGGCCUCGAAAUCCUUCCUCAGCAAAUCCCCCAUGUGCUAUCUGAAAUGAAAUUAGAAUGCCCAGCGCCUCACAAUAUGGCGUAUUGUUUUUCCUCAGCAUUUCCCCUGAAAUGUCGCCAUUCAUUUUGGUGAGUGAUUUCCGUGACCUGCAUGGAUCAGCUCCUUGGAGGGGGAUCUUGUGUGAAUGGAUGAUGCUCGGAAACACAAUCUACAUUGUGCUGCGUGUGUGGUCCUCUUUAUGACGCACACCAUGGUGCCAAUUCAGCUUAGUAUUACCUGCUUAUGAGCUAUAAACACAUGAUGUCACCGCCGGGCAGUUAGCUGUUCUACAAGUGUAAUGGAUGGCUUGGAUUCGCUUCACGCCCAAGUGGAGCAACUGUGUUGUUGGCUGAUAUUUUUGGAGGAGAAAUUGCUGUCUGAUCUUUAUUUGAAAUAAGACGCCGGCCAAAACUAGCUGCCCGCUGCAGAUUUAUGGACAGAUUUACAUCUUGUGGAUAACAACAACAAAAGCUGCAUAAAUUCCUCAACUGGAUGUCAGCAAACUGCUGUGCGCAGCAUUCCUUGCUAUUGGCAGCAUGUUUGGAGACCAGAAUCCAUACGAGGGCCCUCAGUGAACAGUGUGCAUAGGAUCAGUUAUACUUUACAUUUCACUUAAGGCUCAAGAAAAAAAGAAACAAACAGUUUUUUCCUCUGGGUUAGUGCUUACAGCUAGUAAAUGGCCAACUCUACUGUCCAUUUGUCAAGAAUUAAACAGUAACUGCAUUGGCAGAUCCCAAUGAGAAAAGUGGUUUUGAAUCACUUGCAGUCAGGUAACUGUCCAACUUUUUUAAAUUAUAUUGGCCGUGAGGGUCCGAUUCCUAAAGCUCCAAGUGAGUGAUGACUGUGUGAUUGUGAUGUGUGGAUCCUAGGUCAUUUGAAAUGUGAGCUGUCUUCCAGUGGAGCAUGUACAAAGUGCAUGAACAAAAGCAUUUUCAGUGGAUGAAACAACUCCUUUUGUACAUCAGGAUAUAUGGAUUAUUGUUCAGCUUCUGCUAAUGAAAUUGUACUGGGUUUGUACUUAGAAGCCUACCGAUUCUACCUUACAACAGGCUCGGAGUUCACAUGUGCUGUAUAUUGUUAAGUGGAGCGAGUGUGUUAAGAUGUUGUUUCUGUGUCUGUUCUACUUUCCAUUGUUCUCUAAAUGGUACUGUAUUGUAAGAUGUAAGAUGACAUAUAUAUUUUUUUACACGUAUCAUGUUGUACUGUAUAUAUUGUAUUUAAAAUGAAAUUAGAUUAAAUGAAUGGAUGCCAACUUCGUGGUGCGCUGAGUGCUGUGUGAAGCAGAGCUCGAGAGAGCCCAAAACAUUGAACAUGUGUCU